GGCAUGCUGAGCACAGGGCAGGGCUGGGGGAGCAGCUAUUAGUGCCAGUGGAAGUGGUUCUCAAUUAAAAAAAGCCGAUGACAACAGUUUUUAGAUCAAAAGAAGCCUUCCACAGAAGGUUUUCUUUGCUUGGGCAGAAAUGUUAAUCAAUCAGGCUGAGAGGAGCUGCAGCAAAAAUCAUUUUGUUUGGUACAAGUUUGUGAGUUGGAUUUGGCUCGGGGGACACGGGAUGUUAAACACCCAUUGCUCUUCUAAUGAAAACACCUCUGAGAAGGCGAGGAAGCUUCUCCACAGAUGGGAUUUCAGGAUUUUUCCCCAGGUAAUGGAUGGCAAAGCACAAACUCUGCUUUGGAAAUGGAGCAAUUUGUUCAACCGCGGCUGCUCAUGACUGGUUUGGAAAAUCAAAAUAAUGAACUGUGCUGUGACAACGUGGCCUUGCAGUACCUGACUGCACCAGAGGUUUGGUGGCUCGUGUCUGUCUGCAGCCUUCCACCUCUCCUUGGAUCCCACCUGCCCUCACACACUGCUCUAGGACAGAGAUCUCACCAGAACAUCUGGGUCUGGGGAGCCUUCUUCUCCUGGGAGCAGCUCAUCCCCGCAGAGAUGGUCCAUCCCUGGUCCCUCCCUGGUCCAUCCCUGGUCCAUCCCUGCCCAGCAGUUGCACCUUUCCAUGUCACUGUCCCUGCAGACACAGCGUUCCUGUGCAGGGAGGCAGUGCUGGGGCUGACCAGGAGCCAGCCUCUGCUUUGUCCUCGAUCUCAUCGUGCUUUUCAGCCUCUCUUGGGGCAGCUACAAGUGGCUCCAGGUCAGGUUUUCAAGGUUUCCACCUGCUGGAUCGCCACACGCAAAAGUCCCACUGUAGCAAGGGGAAAACAAGUGGCAGGAAAUGCUGUGGCUCCAGCCUGGAUCUCAGCUGUGCCUCGUUUGGGAAUCCUCCCCAGGCACCACCCCAGUGCUGGGCUGCAAGAGCAGAGAUCAGCUCCUGGGUUCAGCAUCUCACCCGUGCCCUCAUCCCCACCUAGGAGGGCCUCCAAGAUAAGUCCCCCCUGGAUAAGUCCCCAGGCCAAUCAUGCUGUGAUUGUUGGGAAAACCAAACAGCCAUCUCAUGGUGGGUCCCUCUUGCUGAAUCUUCUCCAGUGCCACACUGGGUUUCUCCUGCUUUGCCACCCAACACUGUCACUGCACCAGCUGGGGAGAGUCCUGACCACAGGGAUGGGCACAGGCUGGAGAAAUCAGAGAAAAGUCCUGCAAGAAUGAAGAAUUUUCUCUUUUUUCCCUCCAAAUUACCAAGGAAGAUGCAGCAGGAGGUGGGGAUCAAGGGGGAAAUGUGCCGAGCUAGAAAAUAACAGAGAACCCAACAUUUCAGUCUCUUCUCCAUGGGAGAGUCUUGUGGUUGAUGUCUCUAUGUUGGCCAGCAAGCAAACCAAGACAAGACAGUCCUGUGGUGUCACCCUGGGCCACCACCUUCAUCCUCGUGUCCUCUGAGGGCAUUUCUGCUCCUGCACAGAGACAGACCUGCCCCAGGAAAGCCCUUUCAGAGAUGCCUCGAGGCAGAAGACAGCACAGCUCCCACAUGGACACUCAAUGGAAAACGCUGGCACGGAGAGGCUUGUGCAGGAAUACUGAUUCAGCCCCAGCGUCUGUAACACUGACUGCAUUUUAAUCCCGCUCUGCUACCCGGAGAGCUAAAAAUAC